UUACGGACCCGGAUUCGGAUCCGAGUGGAUUUGAUCCGAUAAUCUCCUAAUGGCCACAACAGUUGGCAGUCGGUCAGAGUGGAGUCGCGACUCAAGUUGUGAUCCGUGUCGUUAUGGACUAUGGCGGUUUAGAAACUAUCAGGUGCACAGCACGUGACGACCUCUGCCUAUAAAUGCCGCCCCUCUCUGGUGUUGUGGUUUUGAGUUCUAUUUCCGUCAAAAUCGAAUGAGGCGGUAAGACGAACGCAGGGAUGGAUGGAGCGGUCUUCUUCUUCCUCCUCGAUCAGAUCGGAGUCGAUCUUUCCUCUCCCAUUCUGUCGAGAUGUGUGGUUCAUUUGUUUUCUUGGAUUAGACCAGCGAUGGCGCUUAAGUUCUCCAUUGCAGCACAUUCAGCAAAUGAAUCGUAUUAUGGGACAUAUAUUUCGAGAACACCAAGCAACAUCAUCUUAAAUGGUCUCACCACAACCACAAGGUUUCAAGGAAAUCUGAGCUACUCUCCAAACUGCACUCCCUCCCCCAAUCCAUUUCCGCCAACUCACCCUAUUACUCCCCACCUUAUCCCCUCCCCAUAUCCUUCUCCUUAUCUCUCCUCUCUCUCCUCCUCGACGCAGGAGAAGUAG